GUUUUAUGACAGUGACGUACAAGUCAUGUAGUUCUUUUGAAUUCGAAUAUUGUUGAUUUUGAGCGUUUUUCAGUGUUUCUUUCUCUAUUCUUCGGAAUUUAAACUUUGCAUUGCUAGUCACCGCAAAUUUUAAAUUAGUGGUAUAUUCAAAAAAAGUGCAAAAACACAAAAACACACCUUACCGGUUGUUUUGGAGGGAAAAAGUAUGUAUAGACACGCAAAAAGAAUCACGAAUAGAAAAGAUAAGAAAACUAAUAACAAGAAAAGAGCUAUAAACCCGCCAAAUAUCACAUCAAAACGCCUAACGGUAAGUUAAUAUUGCAAUUUAUCAUUUUUGUUGUUAAUUUCCUAUAAUCUUAGGUACCCCCAGGAUUUUUAUCACAAGGAAUUGUAUCCGACUCUGCAAGUAGAAAUAUGGCUUCAAACGACUUUGAUCGUGACAAAGAGAAUAAAUGUAUUUUGAAAGAGGAUUUGCAUGGUAUCUUCAACCAAUUUAAAUCAGGCUGUAAUGUGCAAAAUCAAAGACGUUCUGCUAGAAUUCAAAAGAAAAAUUUGGAACAAGGCAUCGACACUGCUAUAAGUGCUGCAGAUUAUUGCAGCAAAAUUUUAGAUAGUUCUCCUCAAUCUUCAAAUAGCUAUUCUAAGGUGCAAGAAAAUUUACCGAAAGGCAAAUCAAAAAGCAUAUUCAAAGAAAUAAACAGAAAGUACGCUGGACUUGAGAUUGCAAAUAAUCUACAAUCCAGCAAUUUAGAAUACAGGUCUAAAAAGUUUACGAUCGGCGAAGAUAAAAGUGAAUUUUGCAAUUUGUUACAAGAGGAUCUGUCGGUGCAUAUUAGAGAAGACAAUCUCAGACUUUGUAAAAGAGCUAUUAACAAAAAGAUGGGAGAAAUAAAUGAUGUAUUACUUGGACUGAAGACACCUGCUGAACCCACGUUUGCAGACCCAUCAUGUGAUGAUGAAACACCAUCAAAAGAUUUAGAAGAUCCUCUGCCUGGCUUCAGUUUCGUUCCAAGCUCCGAAUGGGUCUAUGAAACUCCGCCAAGAAGACCAAGACAUGUGAAUAUUCCUAAAUGUACAAAUAUGCAACCAGCGGUUCUAUACAAACAAAAUGAUGGUGUCAAGAUAUAUGAACUUGAGUCAAGCAGUCUAUACAGUAUGAACUCCGAUAGAAGGCCUCUUGGGGAUAUAAAGAAAACUUUUGUGUUUGAGAAAAAUUCACAGAACAACAUGUUUGAAGAUUUAGCAUCGUUUGACUGCCAUAACAACAGACAUGAUAAAGAUUUCCAUUUUAUAAAACCAUCAAUGCCGCAACGAACCAUAAACAUCAGUCCCCCGCCAAAAAUCACUAAAUGGAGCAGCCACGAUGAAACGGUGGUGCUCUCUGAAUUCGGAACAAAGCAUUGCGAGAGUCAAAUGAUCAUCGACGAUAAUAUCGGUCACGGUGAAGACAUACCAGAUGAUGUCACAAUGAUCGAAGAAAACGGGAAUUAUCGUUUGACAAGUUCCCAAAACGCAGCGCCACCAUUUAAGUUCACUUUUAAUAGUCAGACUAUGUUUGGGGAACAUACUCAACCGCAAGGUUCGUUUGUGUUUAAUAACAACCAUGACAUCGUAUAAGGUUCCAAUAUGUAUUUUUUCAUUUUAGGUUUAUAGAUUGUUUUGUUUUGUUCUUAUUUAUCCUCAUUAUUAAAUAAUGGAUUUGUGUUGUGCAAUAACUUCGUUUCUGUAUAUGAAAUAUUUAAAUAAAUAUAAAACAUGUUAUUUUUUCUUUUCUUCGCCCAGUUAUACUUAAAAUAAUCAAAGGGUCAUUUAGAAGAAGUAAUGAAAAAAUAGCAAUUUAUUUCUAAGAUAAAAAGUUCCUCAAAUAAUAACGAUAAAAGUUGACAUCGUUUAAGGUUCCAAUAUAAAGUAUUUUUUUAUUUUAGGAUUAGAG